CCCGGCGAGUGCUUCCGCGUUGAGAAACUCCCACGUGUUUCCCGUGGUUUGUUUCUGCGUAGCAGAUAACCAAAAAGCUGACUUAUCUAGAGGUGUUUGUUCUUUUUUUGUCAAUAAAAGAUGAGUCCUCUGUGCGAGUGCUGCGGCGAACACCUAAAUAAACUGAAUCAGCAGGUUUCUGUGAUGCGGAAAGAAAUCAAAAACCUGAGGCAGAUGUUGGACACUGCAGUUAGAGCUAAUCGUAAACAUAUGAUAUCCCUUCAGUCUUCUGUGUCAAAGAUUGGACUCUGUGAACCUGACAAACACCAGCCGCCGCCACCACCAUCACCAGCAUCACCACAGGCUGCGCUGGAGAAAGGAAACAUUCAGACAGUCCCGAUUGGUUACAUCAGUUCCUGUUUCUCGGUGAAGAAUGGGACACCCAGACAGCCCACCAUUUGUGGCCCAUCAAGAGCAGAACUGCGCAUCCAGCAGAGCGUCUUCAAUAACCCCGAACAUGCUCUGGUGGGGCUGGAGCAAUACUCCCAUGUCUGGAUUAUCUUUCUCUUUCACAAAAAUGGGCACCUGAAUUACAAAGCCAAAGUGAAGCCUCCCAGACUGAACGGUCAAAGAGUUGGUGUGUACUCGACUCGCAGUCCGCACCGACCAAAUGUCUUAGGCCUCACUUUGGCCAAGCUGGAUAAAAUUGUAGGUGAUACAAUACAUCUGUCAGACAUUGACAUGAUUGCUGGCACCCCAGUCCUGGAUAUCAAACCCUACAUCCCAGAGUACGACUCCCCCAACACCAGGGUGGGCAUGGACUCUGAGCCUUAUGAAUCAAACACAGACCAAUCGAAGGCAUCAACUGUGUCACUAAAUGGAACAACAGAUAUGAUGAACCUCGAUUACGACUCUGAAACAGAUGCUCCGUCAAACCUAAAACCUGAAAGAACUGAUGACGACUUUGGGAGUCAACUCUCAGAGGAUUCAUCCAAAAUCCAAACUCAGUUUUUCCUGCCUGAAGACCUUCACAAUGUGCUGGAUGAGGUGAAGGGCUAUGUGAGCCAAAGUGACCAGAUAGAUUGUGAGAGCAAGCCAGUUUCGGAUGUGCCAAAAAUCAAGCCACCAGAGUCGACAGUGGACCGGCCUUGCUAUGGCGAGGAAACCUACAGCACCAUUGCUGGCUGGAUCAGAGAGCCUCCUGUUGCCAGUCUGGAGGUGCGCUUCACCCCUCAUGCUGAGAGGGAGUUAGCAGAAUUCCUUCCCACACACCUGUCAGGUCCCCCUGAAAGUGACAGACCCAGGUUUAAGUUUCUGAGCAGUUCAGACGAGGCCACUGCCGCCAUCAGAGGGGUGCUGUCAGCAGACCCACGGUCAGUAUACAGGAGGACUCGCUGUAAAGACCGACUCUUCUUCUUCACCCUGGACACAGCUGACAUCACUUGCUGGUUUGGACAAGGCUUUGCUGAGGUACUGCAGGUCCGACCUGUUGAGUGCCACAUUGCUUCGAUGUGAGAGUCUUGGUUUCUGUGUGUAGAGAAACAAACACACAAUGUCACUAAACAUUUUCCUUCUUAUAAGUAGAUAAAUAAAAGUUCUAUGAAAAAACAAA